AUGGCUUUGUAUGAUCUUGCUGAAACAUUCAAGUAUUGCAACGCAAAGGUGGGACACACCAUAACUCGCUGCAAAUCUGCUCCAAAGACGUGCAAUUCCUGCAACUCUGUGAGGCAUACAACGGCUGAUUGCCCAAGAGGUCGUGGUGCUCCUGCAAAAGACAAAGGCAAAGCUCCGAUAAAAAGUCUUCUACCUAUUUUCACUCAUAGCAAGCAAGUUUACAUGCCUGUGGAAAAAGUUAAGGAUGUCGCUAGUUCUUCUGGUCAUCCUCUUCCUCCGCCUCGGACAGAAGUUGUUGGUAAAGAUAGCGUCUUAGUCUCUACCCCUCGGAAAAAGGAAUCAUCCUCUGUUACAGUUCACGAUUUGAGUCAUGGGUCGCUUUAUGUUGAUUUAAAAAUCCCUAAAGACUUCUCUAUGGCCUCACACUCUUCCGACUCAGCGUCAAGCGAUUCUUCCUCAGAUAGAGAAAACUUUUCAGAUGAAGCGGAUAAUCCAAAUGACCAGAAAGAUAAAUUCAUUGAAGUCAUCUCGAAGCGAUUCAAGAAGCAGUCAAAACGAAGGGUUAAGGCAGGGGUUAGAGGCUCUUAA